CAGCGAGUCCGGGGUCCAGCAGCCCAUCGGCGGCUUCUCCCUCGUCGGAAAUGUCCGGAGUGAAGAAGCCUCGUACGAACCUCAACAGGUCUACCAAUGUGGUCUACCAGGCCCACCAUGUCAGUCGCAGCAAGAGGGGACAGGUUGUGGGCACCAGGGGAGGGUUCCGAGGGUGCACCAUUUGGCUCACAGGUUUGUCUGGGGCUGGAAAAACCACCAUCAGUUUUGCCCUGGAAGAGUUCCUGGUAUCCCAUGCCAUCCCUUGCUACUCCCUGGACGGCGACAACAUUCGUCACGGCCUGAACAAGAAUUUGGGCUUCUCAGCCACAGACCGCGAGGAGAAUAUCCGUCGCAUCGCUGAGGUGGCCCGACUGUUUGCGGACGCCGGACUUGUUUGCAUCACCAGUUUCAUCUCCCCCUUUACUAAGGAUCGUAACGAAGCCAGGAAAAUCCACGCGAGCGCCGGGCUACCAUUUUUUGAGGUGUUUAUCCACGCUCCCUUAGAGGUGUGCGAGAGCAGAGAUGUAAAAGGACUCUACAAGAAGGCUCGGGCUGGCGAGAUUAAAGGCUUUACAGGAAUCGACUCAGACUACGAGCGCCCCGAGGCGCCGGAGUUGCUGCUGAAAACCGGAGAGCUCUCCGUGAACGAGUGCCUGGAACAUGUGCUGGAGAUGCUCCGUGAGCAGGUGAGUGUGACAAGUCGUCACGUUGUGUCGUUUGUCACAGGUACGUUUCCAAGGACGGAUCGGUUUUCGCCUGUUUGA